UGGAAGUAGAGCUGUCACGUGCCCAGAACACAAAAUGGCUGUUCGACUGCUCACGAUGUGAACGUUACCAAGACUUUUUAAGAAUUCUACUGCAAUAUAAAGCAGCAAGAUGAACAUUAGCCAAACAAAAACGUAUGGCAAUGGACUCCUCUUUGCUGGGUUUAAUCAAGAUCAAGGCUGUUUUGCUUGUGGUAUGGAGAGUGGGUUUAGAAUUUACAACUGCGAUCCACUUAAGGAAAAGGAGAGACAAGAUUUUACAGAUGGUGGUAUAGGACAUGUUGAAAUGCUGUUUCGCUGUAAUUACUUGGCUCUUGUCGGUGGAGGUAGAAGCCCCAAAUAUCCUGCUAACAGAGUAAUGGUUUGGGAUGAUUUAAAGAAGAAGUGUGUGAUAGAACUAGACUUUUCUAGUGAUGUCAGGGCUGUCAAGCUUAGAAGAGACAGAAUCGUGGUGGUUUUAGAUAAUCUCAUUAAAGUCUUUACCUUCACUCAAAAUCCCCAACAGCUGCAUGUAUUUGAAACUGCAAAUAACCCAAAAGGCUUGUGUGUUCUCUGUCCAAGUAGCAAUAACUCUUUGCUGGCAUUCCCGGCCCGCAAGACAGGCCAUGUUCAAAUAGUAGACCUUGCAAAUACUGAGCGUGCUCCACUUGAGAUUGCCGCCCAUGAGGCGCCAAUGAGUUGCUUGGCAAUGAAUCUUCAAGGCACUCGGCUUGCUACAGCAUCCGAAAAGGGAACAUUAAUACGAGUGUUUGACACCAGUAAUGGUGCCCAACUUCAUGAGCUUAGAAGAGGAUCAGGAAGUGCUCAUAUAUACUGGUGAGUGUAUCCAGUGGUCAGAAGAAAGCUUGAGAUAGAGUGGGAUACCCUCUUUGAAGGCAGCAAUAAAAGUUCAGGCAAUAUUAAACAUGCAGGAUAAGCCCCUGGGAACUUAUUUAAUAUUUUUCCAGCUCUUUACUAGUUGUUUUGAUAUAUAUUCCAA